GCGGAUUUCGCUCAGGGGGGCUGGACAAAAAGACACCUUUGCCUUGGAAGAGCGGAGCGCGCAAACGGACCGGUAGAGGGGGCGCAAGAGCACGGAGCACCAGCACGGAGGCAAGACGGCUUUUUCUCCCGCUGCCUCUCUUGCCUGGAACUCACCAUAGAGAACAGGAGUUCCGCUUCCGGUCCUGGUUUUCCUUUUGUCUGACCCGCGAGGAUGGAGGUGCAGGUGGCUCAAUGCGCGGAGCGGCUUCAGCGGCAGGUCAGAGGCGCGUGCGUCCUUCUCUUUUAUGGGGCGCGGCUGGAAGGCGAAGAGGAGCGAGGGGCUCGGGGCGGCAGAGGCAAAGGGGGGGGGGGCCGGCGGCAGCGCGGAGCUGCUCGGAGGAGGCCGGGCGGCGGCGGCGGGAGGCGUUGCUUAUUCUGCCGCCAGCGCGGCGCUUCUUUCUCUUUCGAGGCUCCCACAUCAGCGCAGACCCCGCUUCUUCCCUCCUCCGUGCGAGCAAGGCGUGUGAGGCGUUCUCGCUUCGUCCUGGCUCCUUAGGGGGCAGGGUCGUUGGGUGAAACCUUGACGCCAGCAGAAAUGAUUAAAACGAGGGCUGCUCACCUGCCCUUUUCGCCAGCUAAGUUGCCCCCACCCUUGCACGCUUCUCUCGGGUCAACGUCUGAAGUGGGCAGGGCCCCUGCAGAGAGAGCAAGGGAGAGAGAGGUCGCGAGUGCAUAUUAGCUCUCAUGGGCGGUACCUUGGGAAGCCCCCCUGUGUUGGAAUUGGCAAAGCUAGGUUUCCUAAGGGCCUCUGCCCCGUCCUUUUUUUUUUCUUUUUUUUUUACAAGAAGAAAAUUUCCCUGCCCUCACCCACCGAUCAGUUAUUUGUAUUUUCGCACAACAGUGCAGUAUAAUUGAAGGUAACAACUGCUACGUUCUUGUUAAACCAAAACUAAAUCUCAAAAAACCGGAAUAUAUCCAUUGCCUUGGGCACGCUUGGAUGGAGACGCUGUCAAUUUGUAAAUGUACUAGUAGAAACUAAAAUAUCUGGAAAGUAAGCAUUCCAAGACAUGUAACAAUUCUCUUUGUAAACCGGAUACAUGCAACAACUCUUGGCAGAAGGUGAAUUGAUUUUUUAAAAAAUCCUUCGGUGCUUUUUUAUACCAUAUUCCAAAGCUAAAGAGGCACAUAGUUACAUUUAAUUUCUAGCAUAUGUGGGCAUUUCUUAGAGAAAAUUUCAUUUACAGUAGGGUGCUGCUCAUUACUAGCCUAACUUUUAGGUAGCUAAAAAAAUAAAUCUGAAUCUGCUAAUAGUAAUUUUAUUUCAUAAUAAAUUUCUAAUAACUAUAAUUUUGCCACAUGAGACACUCUUCAGUCACAAGUUUAGGUGUGGUUAGCAAUUUAAUGAAAUAGUUCAUGAACUAGUUUUUGAGCUGGGGAACAUGAUGGGUAAGCCAUGUGGAGACUUGUUCUUUUUUUGAAAUGCAGGGCAUGUUGUUUUGUUUGUGCUUCUAAAAUAAUUUCUGCCAGGUGUUUGAGAGAGGCAAACUGAAAGAGUAGAUAACCUGCAACAUUUUGAGGGCUACACUUCAUAAUAAUUUUAGUAGUGGAAACUGUUCUUUCUGAUUUUCAUUACUUCAGCACUCAGGAUAAACUUUAUAUGAUAAAGUAUUUAUACACAUACAAUAUAUUGGGAGGUCCUAGAAGGUCUAGGCUGCAAAAGGAAACAACAGAGCAGGUUUGUUGAGAGAAAGGGACUGAUGGCUUUUGUUUCUUCCACAGCGUAGUUUCGUGUGGCACUUUCAUUUCUCAGGCAGUUGUAUUCCUAGGAUGAUAAGACAAAAUAUUUUUGAUGCUGCCUUUGAUUUGUAUCCAAAUUUGAUAAGGGGUGAAGGUAAACAUAUUCAGUAAUCAGCCAAAGCAGGCAAACUGUCUCUGAUGUCGGGGUACUUUGCAUUCAGUUCUGGUUUCUUAGUUUUCCCCAUAAAAGAGGAAGCAUGGUAGGACCUUUUGAAUAAAAUAAUACUGAUACGUAACAAUAGGUUCUAAUCACUCAGGUGGUGGUGAAACUCAUAAUGGAUUAUCUUUGCUCCAUUCAAUCAGUUCUGCUUGCACUACACAGAACAAGCCUACAUUUAAUGGAAAUCUUAGAUGAUAUGGUUAUUAUAUGAAUAUCACAAUCAGCAAUGUUUAUCUACUGUAUAUGUUGCUAGAUAAAGUUCUAUAAUAUCAGAUUUUUAAUGAAAAGCUAAUGUCAUUAUGUUCUACCAGUCUUCCCUUAGGGAUUGGUUGUUGAAUUUGUUGCUACUAAUUUUUAACAGUGUAGUUAGUUUAAUUAUGGAUAAUAAACACUAAAGAUUAAAUUUUGAUGCAAUCCCUAUCAUAUAUUACCAUAGGGUAAGAAAGAGUAGGUUAUAUACUACUGGUUCUAUUUUGCAUCCUAGGAAAAGGAAAUCAAGUUUCUGACUGCAGAAGUUGAUCGUUUGAAAAACUAUGGAUGUUUGGGAGUUUCCCCAAAUUUGGAAGGGUUGCGGGAAGAGAACGCAAAACUUAAAUAUCGCUUAAAUGUUCUACAAAAGGUAUGUUCCCUUUCUGAAUAGUGUGAAGUGUGCAAAAAGUAAACGAAUGGUCAUGACUGUCGUGAUUCUCAAAAUUAUCAUUUGUCAUUGUGAAGAGAAUGAGAAAAUGUGAUUAACGCAGGAGAGAUUCCCCCCCCUUACUGUUGAAAUCAUUCUUCCUUUGAAAUUUGUGCAGUAUUGUUCUGUUUUACUGAUACGUUGACCCUUAAGAAGCUCGUUUUAAAAUGUUAUGAAGAACCUAAAAUAGUUAAUUACACAGAAAUGCAUUUCUCUGUUUGAUUAUGUUGUCUAGGGCUGGGCAAUAACCUGGUUUUAAACAUUGCAAUAUAUCACUAGCUAAACAUUGUGAUAUAUCAAUAUAUCACAAUGUCUGAAAUAAGGAUGAAGCUAUGUAGAGGCAUUAGCUGGCUUCACUGUUUUCCUCACAUUGUGAUUUUCCCAUAACACACACACACACACUGCCACGUCAAAAAUUAUGAAACUGAUACCACAAUAUGGACUUCAGACCAGUUUUGAACAAUAUAUCGCCCAGCCCUAAUUGUCAGUAUUCUUGUUCUUUGACCUGGGAUGCAUCUACACCAGCUGUUUCCCCCAGCGUACAUCCAAGGAACAAGAAUGCCUGGAUAGGUUAGUUAGCUAGAGUAUGAUGCUGAUAAUACCAAGGUUGCAGCUUCAGUCUCCAUAUGGGACAGCUGCAUAUUCCUGCAUUGGAGGAGGAGGAGUUUAGAUUUGAUAUCCCUCCUUUCACUCCCCUUCAGGAGUCUCAAAGCGGCUAACAUUCUCCUUUCCCUUCCUCCCCCACAACAAACACUCUGUGAGGUGAGUGGGGCUGAGAGACUUCAGAGAAGUGUGACUGGCCCAAGGUCACCCAGCAGCUGCAUGUGGAGGAGCGGAGAUGCGAACCCGGUUCCCCAGAUUACGAGUCUAUCGCUCUUAACCACUACACCACACCACACUGGCUCCCCCAUUGCAGGGGGUUGGACUCAUAGCUGUCAACGUUUCCCUUUUUUUAAGGGAAAUUCCCUUAUUCCGAAUAGGAUUCCUCACAAGAAAAGGGAAAAGUUGACAGCUAUGGUUGGACUACAUGAUCCUCAGGAUCCCUUCCAACUGUACAAUUUUUUGAUUCUAAGAGUGAGAGGCUGCACUUCAUCCUGGUAGAGUCUCUGGUGCUGUAAAUUAGGGCUGUACUUUUGCGUACAUCUGGCUGGGGGUAGUCAAGGAACAUUCUGCCCUCCCCAAAUCUAGCAAUUCUGCUCAGGGAAAAAGAGAGUUGCAAUCUGCUUUUUAAAGUGGCAGGUUUUCUUUACACCACCACAAGUCUACUUGUAAACAAAUGACUGUUUGCAAUAAUAUUUCUUGAACAUGAAAACCUUCUGCCUGCUACUUUCUCACACAGCAGGCUUUUGAAGCUGUGACAAUCUUCAUUCUCUUUAGCAGGGUAUUUUAUUUACAAAUCAUUUCUGUGUAUGCAGCUAUUUUAUUGUUGUACUCUGAGCACAUAAAGAGAGCAUGUCUCCCUUUAUUCUAGGUAAAAAUAGAUGGAAACUGACACAGCCAUCGGGGUUUGCUAAUCUUGGUUCACAUGAAGUCUGAUACAUUUUGUAAGCAGUGCAAAGCAUUCCUUUGCCCGUCAGCUGGAAGAAGUUGUGUUUCUGUAAAAAGCAGAUUAGGAUUUAUGUGUGUUUGUGUUUACACACACAUUUCAUUUUAAUCAUGAACUAUGUUUAGGGUCCUUGAAUUGAGAUGCACUGUUCCAAUGGGCUCCUCAAUCUGAUGGAUGGAUAAUUAGAUUUGUGUUUUCAUUUAGAGCCUUCAGGAAGAAAGGAGUAGAAGCAAGCCAUCAAAAGGCAUGAUUAACAUCAAUAGUCGCCUUCAAGACAUUUUUGGAGUGGCUAUUAAAGCUGCGUAUCCAGAUCUGGAAAAUCCUCCACUGUUGGUGACACCAAGUCAGCAGUCCAAGUUUGGUGACUAUCAGUGCAACAGUGCUAUGAGCAUAACCCAGGUAAUUCAUAAUGUGAGAAUUUGUCGUUGUUCUCUAGUGCUGUAUCCAAACAGCACAAAGCCACCCAGCUGAAAAUAUACAUUGCUCAGCUUUGUGAUAAUGUUGUAGUUUGAGUGGAACAGGGAAAACCAUCCACUCUAUAUCAGCCUCUCAAUUUCUCAGGGAAAUCUACCCUACAGUUGAGGAAUCUUUUGUUGCACUCUUCUAUUGUUUACAUUGCCACAUUUAAAUGAACACAGUACACAGCAGACAAGUAUUAAAGCAUUUAAAAUGAAGAAAAUCAAGUCACAUGCAAACAUGAAAAAUCAUCAAAACUAUGGGUUUUCAGUGCUGCACCAAUGGGGUUCUGCUGGUGCAACAGGAUUUCCAUUCAUCUGUAUACCCCAAAAAUCUGCUCCAGAGGGUCCCCCAAUCUUUGGGAACUGAUCUUGAGAACAGGCUGGAGGGAAUGUGACAGGAAGCUCCAUUAUUCAAGCAGAGCUGCAGCGUUGGCUCAACCCUGGAAGGAUUACAUAUCAUUUGUGGAAAAGCCAAUAUAAUUUUGCCUCUGGGGCCCUCCAGAUGUUGCUGGACUACAGCUUGCAUAAUUGCUGCUGGCCAUACUAACUUAUUCCCCUCCCCAUUUAGGGGGAAAAAAUACAUGUUUUUUUUAAAAAAUGGUUUAAUUUUGGCUUAACACUUUCUAGAAUCUUACUCAUUUGUAUUAAUAUGAAGCAGUGAUUUUCAUUUUUGUAAACUGUCCUGAGUAAUGACCUGUAUUUCCAUAUAAACAAAUAAAAUAACAGCAAGCUAAAUCCUGAACUACAGAACAGCUACCUUUUAAAAAAAAACCACCUCUAAAAUCCUUACCAGUAUAGUUUCCCCCUUUGAUUUAAAAAUCAAUGUAAGUUUGCAGUGGAAGUUGGACUUCUUGUCACAUCCCUUGGAGGAUGGUAAAGUUGCUAAGCAAAUUGGCCUGGCAGAGAUCUCUUUCCAAACAAUACUGUUACGUGCCAGCCGGCAGCCUCUCGGCAUGAACUUCUUUUGGAGAAACAGCUCCACAAAUGUGUGUUCUUUUCUUCAUAGAGCUCAUUAGCAUAUGCACUUGGGUGUCAGCCAGCCCAACACAAGCUUGCAGUGCCUUUUUAAAAUAUUUUUGACCGCUGCUUUACCCCAAUUAAGUCACUCUUAGGAGUCUUGUCUGGUGCAGGUUUCUCAAUGUCUGUAUUGUUUGUAUUCCUUGAUAUCAUAAGGCCUCCCCUCCCUCCCCACAACUUUUGACAGCCCCUCCAGAGAUCGGCAUGGACACAAGCUGCUUUAUGGAAUGUCUCCACCCUGAUGCACUUUUUGAGCUCUCUCUCUGCCAGCCUUGACACCCAAGACAUGUCGCUGCUUACUUUGUGCAGUUUUGCAAGUGCUAGAUGUUUGCUUGGCUGAUCGUUACUUUCAUUGAAAUUGAUUUCAGUAAACAUACCCCCCUGCCCCGGCCAUUUUCCAGACACUAAAUUUGUUUUGAAAUAGUAUCUGUUCCUUAAAAAAAAGGAAUCUCCCACACACCCAUGCACCCACCUCCACACACUUUCCAGCCAUCAAAAAAUAUUUUUCAUCCCAAGUGAAGCAAUGAAAUUUUUGUUCUGUAUCAAUCAUUCUGGACACCAGCCAUUUGGAAACUCCUGCUUUUAUCUUUAGCUCCUGCUCCACGUGAAUGAACAGUUUCUUGAUGUAUCGUGCAACAUUUUUCAGAACACUCAGCACUUGACAAACAGCAAACAUGUGGAAGCAGAAUUCUAAAAGGUGAAGGGAGAGAGCUGUUUGUGUAUGCGGGCGGGAGGGAGGGAAAGCAAAGGAGAAAGCAAGCAAUAUAUCUCUAAAACUAAUAGCCGCCUAGCCCCUCCAGCUGAGAGUGCAAGCACAAUAUGCUAAUGAGCAUGUACAAAGACAAAACACAUUUGUGACAGCUUUCCACAUUGGCAGGGCACAUGGAGAGACUGUCGCCUGGCACGUACGCUCUUGCCAUUUUUUGAGGAUUGCUUUCUGAAGCCAAGCAAUACAUCAGAGAGAGAGAGUACUUGCCAUAGAAAGACUACUUAUUAGAAAGGAAACCUAGAAUCACCUACAUUUUGCCAUGGAAGACCAUCUGGCUGUUGUCCUUCUCCAAUACCAAUUCCUUUCAUAAAGAUCAGUGGGUUCCUCCCUUUUGAAUGUGUAGAACAGCUUUUGCAGUGUGGUGCCCUCUAGGAUGUUUCGGAAUGCAACUCCCACCAGCCCAGCCAAAAUCUGUAGGACACCAGGUUGGGAAAGGCCAGUGUAAAAGUCAUCUGUAAUGAGUUAUGCAUCUCAAAAGAUGCAUACUCAGAAGAAUCAUUUGAAUUGCUCUGGCUUACAUGUGGCAGAUGUGGAAUUGGCAACUGUCUGCUGCUCCCAUUUCCUCUGACAGGAAAUGGCAACAAAGGACCACACAUAUGCUUGAAUAACAGUAGGGUCCUAGGGUAUUUAUUCAGUUUGUGAUUGCCUCUGCUAUAUUUACCCAGUGGGAUUUUCCAGGCAGGCUGGUUUCUUGACAGAUUCCUGUGAAAAGGGAAUUCCGUUUUCAUCACAGCUGCUCAAAUGAUAUGAGCUUGUAGAGCUUUGCCUCAGGUUCUCUGUGUUCUCCUCAGUCAGGGAUUGCGCUGAGACCUCUUGCUGUGUCUUUCAGAUACUGCUCAAAACCAAGGAGCAAAAAGUGAGCCCGAGAGAAAUAGCUGAUAAGAUUGCCAGAAACAUUCCUGACAAUGAAUGCAUCGCAAAGAUUGAAAUCGCCGGUCCUGGUACAGUUACUCUGUUUUUACUUUUCUGGGACAUCUCAAUCUAAUGUUAUGAAGUAUUAUGAUGAAAUGACUCAGUAGAAUUCUGAGUCCUUUAGAGAUGAACUAUAGGAGGAUAAGGGGAAUCCUCUCCUUAAGCUUGAUGCCUGUUCACCCUACCAGGAAUUCUGACGUGUACCCCUGUGACAUUCUGGCUUCCAUAGGCAGAGGAGUACAGUCGUACCUUGGAAGUAGAACAGAAUCCAUUCCGUAAGUCCAUUCGACUUCCAAAAUGUUUGAAAACCAAAGUGCAGCCUCUGAUUGGCUGCAGGAAGCUCCUGCGGCCAAUCGGAAGCUGCGGAAGCCCUGUCAAGUGUUUGGCUUCCAAAAGAACCUUCGAAAACCGGAACACUCACUUCCAGUUUUUGAUCGUUCGGGAGCCGGAAUGUUCGAUUCCCAAGGUGUUCAGGAGCCGAGGUACGACUGUACUCAGUUGGGCAUUUAUUAGGAAGGUUGCACCGAGUGAUAAUUCUCUGUGAGUUUCAGCUUGGUAUUUGUGACAGUUGGGAAGCAUUUUAUUUAGCUCUGCGGUUAAAAAUGAAUGUGGCUCUUUCAGCGAGGUUAGCAGCAAUUUAAAUGAAGAAGUUUUGGAGAGAAAUUAAAAUAAUCUUCCCUAUAUAAAUAUUAUUAUUCUACUUAAUCAUAUACAUUACCUGAGUGCUUGCAAAAUAAAGAAGAAACUUUAUUGAAACCCAGUGCCCCUCAGUGAAAGUGAUGCUCCUAGCAAACUAAUUGCUGACCAAGGCUGCUUACAGGACAGCAUCUGUUGUCUGGACAAUUGGCUUCUGUUAUUUAUUGAUCAAAACCAAUGGCACUUUGUCCUUGUAUCAUUAUCAAAUUGAUUUUUUCCCUGUCACUGCAAAUGAGUUGCCCUGUUAUGGGUAAUUAUGCAAUACUGUGUUUUUAGCAAAGUAUGUGCUCUGUGCAAAAGAAAUCAAGGCUCAGGAAUCAUUUUCACUUUUUAUGCUUUUCUGAAGGUUUCAUUAAUGUGCACUUGAAAAAGGAUUUUGUAUCUAAACAACUAAGCAGUAUGCUGGUGAAUGGAGUUCAGCUGCCUGCUCUUGGUGAAAGGAAGAAGGUAUGACAGUAAAUGGUUAACUGGGUCUUUUCUUAGGUACUGCUGCUUAAUGUUCAAGGCAAAGUGUGCAUUUGCAGAUAAACUAUUUCAGUUGUUUAAUAUGCACUCAGUCUGCAGACACCGCAAGAGCAGGGUUCCAGAGCCCCACAUGGCAUGUUCCGUGCCCUUCUUAGGGUCAGGGGUGGCAGUUUGCAGCCAUUCCUUACCUCCACCCCACCCACCCCGGUCUUGUUAGCGUUGAAGUGUUUUAUGUGAAUGGGCGUCUUUGGUGUUCUAAUGUUUGACAGAUGUAAAAGGAGACAUUUUGAGUUGUGUUCUGUAGAGUGCCAAGGAUUCUCAUUGAAUGUUCUCCCCUGCACAUCUGCUACAGGAGAGGCAGAAAGUCAGAAAGUCCCAUUGCUUAGUCCUAAUAUUUAGUUGAAUUGACUCCCUUCAUUUUUUUAUUUUAUUUUUUUAUUUCUUUGACAAGUUCUGUGAAUCAACUUUUAGUUUUUUGUUUGUUCAACACUUUUGACACCUUGUGAAGCGGUCAGUGGCCCAGUUUGCAGAUAAUGCUAAGCGUGCAUACGCAGGCUCCUGGAGAAAGAAUUGCAGCAACCAUGCUCCUCUCCUGAUGGUGUUGCUCUGCUACCCAGUGCUAAGCUAUGGUUUGACAUAUCAUUACAUCCAAGCCAAGAUCUGUGUUUUUUGCCUCUCAAAUAAAUCAUGAGUUGUAAACCAAGAACAAACUUUGGUUACAGCUCAUGGUUUGUCUGGAGCAUGACAAGUCGCAAGCCUGGGUUUGGAUAGGGCCCAGAUAGCAUGAGAGCGAGCAGCAGAAUUAAGGGAGGAGUGAAGCAGCUGUAAUCUUCCCUCCAGAAGCCUGCAUGUUUCCCCGCUCAUGCUAAGCCAUGGUUUGGCUUGGUGUUAUGUGUGAGCCAGGUCAGUUGGGUGCACGGUGAGUGUAAGCACCAGCUGCCAUGUAGAACUUGCACAAACGAGCAGCGUAAACAGGACUUUAUAUAUUACCUUGUCGGUGUGGAUAGUAUCUGAAGGUGUCCAUAACUGAACAGCGUGAACAAAAUACUCACUAUUUGGCUCACUUAGGCCCUGUGCAUAUGCAGUACUCGGUGCAGGAAGUCAUUCAACAUCACUUGGAGAUUAUGUUUAACGAGCGCAUAAUAUGCGCAAUUCUCUUCAUGCUUCCCACAAUAACCAGUGAAUGUGUACAACAGCCAGUGUUUAUGUGCAUUUCCUAAUUGCAGAUAUAUAUAAAUGAUGCUUCUUUGAAAAAAUACUUUGCACUGUUUAUAAUGCGCAUAUUUUUCAUUUCUUGUCCUACAUAAAGGUGGUGAUUGACUUCUCCUCCCCUAAUAUUGCAAAAGAGAUGCAUGUAGGUCACCUGAGAUCAACUAUAAUUGGGGAGAGCAUGUGCCGCCUCUUUGAGUUUGUGGGGUUCGAUGUACUAAGGUAAGUCCAGCCAUGGUAGAAUUGCAUAAAUGCUCAAAAUGUAUAUGGGCACAUGCUUUCAUGUCUCUUGACAAUGUGGAUUCUCAGUAAUUGCCUAUACAGCAGUGUUGCUAUGUUCCAUGGAAGUGCUAUUCCUUUAUGAAAAUCACUGCAGAACCCUAUGUUUUGAACCCUGCACACAUCCACCAUCCUUUAAUUAACCUUACUUUUCCUUCUAGAACUCUUUCAGAACCCCCCCUUUUUUCUCAGAGCCUCUCAGGGUGCCAAGCAGGGCUGGCCACACCUCUUGUGGUGUAGCUGCAAAGUAUCUGGGAACCCUGCACAAGGGAUUUUGACAGGGUUGUCCCACCCACCUGUCAAAUUUGGCCUGUGGGGUGGGGCCAGAUAGAGAUCUGCCCCCACCCAGUUCCCCACCUUUGGCUUGAAUGCAUCCAACUUGCCCUUUACCUACUGUCCUUGACAUUUGACAUACACCAUACAACAUGGCACUGAGAUCUAACUUGAUUUGAAUGUCAAUGCAAGUUGCUUCCUAAUUAUAGCCUGGAGUCACCUAUCUUCUGCAUUUCACUCCACAAACAUCUUAAAGCUUCAAAGGAGAACAACGGUCUCCAUCCUGUAGUAGAUAUAACUUUACUGCAACAAAUUUGCCUAAUUAAUUUAGAAAAUUAAAUCACCUUCCAACUUGUUUUUUAGGAAAGGAUGGUGUAUGAGUUGCACAAUAAAUUAUGCCCAUAAUCCCCAAACAAACCACAUACAUGAUUUUUAAAUAUUUUUUUAGCAGUCCAUUUCCUUCACAGGAGCACUUCAGAACAAGCCUUGUAUCUUAUCCACAGCUCUAUUCAGAAGAUAUUUCAGUUCUGCUUACAGUCUCACUUGUUUUGUGAUCUUUACUGUCUAGAUUAAACCAUUUAGGAGAUUGGGGUACCCAGUUUGGCAUGCUUAUUGCUCACCUGCAAGAUAAAUUCCCAGACUAUCUGACUGUUUCUCCUCCCAUUGGAGAUCUCCAAGCUUUUUAUAAGGUAUGUUUUAUUUCAGAUAUAUGGUUACCCCUCCUGUUGUUGUUGUUGUUGCUGCUGCUGCUUAACAUUGCUCAGAGGUGAGUUGGCUAACUUGUGGCCCUCCAGAUGUUGCCCUACCCCUGGCCAUGCUGCUGAUGGGGCUGUGGUGCAACGACCUCUGGAGAACCACAAGUUAGCCACCCGUGGAUGAGAGGAUACUAAUAGCACUUGAAAAUGUAUACAUCCUGCCUGAGGGUUUUGCUCUUGGUAAGACCAGAAGGAAGUACUGGUUGAGGGAAGGUUUAGAGCACUUAACAAAAUAAAAAAUCAAAUGGCAGCCAUUUCCAUGGAGGAAUUUGAAGGAAGUCUGCAUGAACUAUGGUUGCAAUCUAUGCUUAGCUGUCUUGUAAACGUCUACAAAAACGUAUUUUGCUGUAAGACUUUCAUAAUGAUUGAAGUGAGUCAGUGCAGAGACUUAGGAUGAGAGAAUGUUUAGUAACAAACAGUGGGUGAAAUCAAAUAUUGUACAAGCUGAAGUAACAGCACUACCUCCUUCCUCUCCUAUUCCCCCCAUCCCCUGCAGCUUCUGUGCUCUCCCAGGUCUGCCCCAGCCAUCCAGAGCAGAUUGUGGAGACUACAGCAGAUAGAAGAGGAAAAAGUAGUUCCACUGUGUGAACAGUUUGAUGUCAACUAAUAUUGCAAAUGUUUUAAUCUUCUGAAACUUCCAUGCAUCGUAACCCUCCUUAUUGAAACAAAGGCAGUUUAUAUAAAGAUUGGACUAAUUGCUGAGUCACCUUUUUGAAAAGGGUAAAAUAAAUAUACAAACAGAUUCUGUAUACUCAUUCCUGAUGGCUUAAAAAGCCCAAUCCAGGAUCUGCAUGCACAAAUCCACAUGGAUUUGAUACUGUUCAUCACCUAUUUCUAGAGGGGGUAAGAGGGCAACAGUAUUGGAUCAAAUUCUGCUCUUGAUCAAAUCGUUGACAGCAUUAAGCAUAAUUCUUGAUUAUCAAUUUAUCUUGAGAAUUUAUAAAAUGAGAGUUGCUGGGAUGCAGGGCUCUUCGGUGAUGACUAAUUCUUCAGUUAGUUCUCCUUGGAAACUUGGAGAAUCCUCUCCAGAUACUGCACAACAAUUUAUAUGUGCUAAUACAUGGAGAGGUUCAGGCUGCUGUUGGUGGAUGUUCCCCUGGGAUAUUAAUGACAAGCAUUAGGCGACUCAAUAUUGUCUAUUUGAUCUGUUUCGACCAUUAAAAAUAUUUCUCUUUACUAUUUAUUACCUGUGCUUUUGUUUGAUUUGUUUUAGUAUAUUGUGCAGGAUAUUGUUUCAUGGUGUCUGUAUUCUUCUUAACCUAGGAAUCUAAGAGAAGAUUUGACACAGAAGAGGAGUUUAAGAAGCACGCAUACCGAUGUGUGGUGCUAUUACAGAGCAAAAAUCCAGAUUUCAUUAAAGCUUGGAAACUUAUAUGUGAUGUGUCCCGGAAAGGUGACUAGGAAUUAUGCUACCUCUAUCUUUUAAGGAUCCGCCUCUUUUUCAAGUGGACCACUUUCGGCAGUUUUGGAUGAUGAGGAUUAUUAUUAGUGUUGUUGUUGAAGCCCUGUAAAAAGACUGGGAUUUGAGGGUGAUAGUUUCAGGAGUCACAACAAAGAGCUUGUGGCACCUUUGUUUUGACAAAAUCUUUUCUAAACUAGAUGCAUGGAGUGAGAACCUCAGGUGCUUUUGUGUGUGUGUUUCUGUAUGUGCGCACACAAAUAUACAUAUAUAGGUGUGAAGGAAAACAAAUUUAAAAGUUGUAGCUGAAUGGCAAUGCAAAAAGUACAGUUAGCGUUUAGAUGUGUUCAGAUUGAUUCUUUAGAGCAGCAUUUUAGUAGUAGUGAACAAACAUGACCUAGCAAGGCUGUUCUAAAGCCAGUACCUCAAUUUCCUUAUUUUACUAUGAUGUUGAUGAUGCAUUAUAUGAAGUAAAUGAAAGGGCUCAAAAUUCCUCAUUUCACUCUUUCUUGGUCAGAGUUCCAAAAAAUCUAUGAUUGCUUGGAUGUCACCAUAAUAGAGAGAGGAGAAUCUUAUUAUCAAGAUAAGAUGAAUGAUAUCGUGAAGGAGUUUGAAGAAGGAGGUAACACAACUAUUUGCAGAACGGGCAAUUAAAUUCCUCAAGACUGUUUUUCACCAUAGUACAAUGGGUUUCUAAAGCUCUUUGAUAAGCUUGUAUUUUACCAUAGAAGUGGGGAAUCCUUACCACUACCACCCAAGAACCACAGUCCUUUAGAAAUAGUGUGCUGGGGGGAGGGUGGUCGCAUGGCAGUGACACAGUCCCAUCCAUUCAAACAUAUCCCAUGAAUCCAUUCUUGCUUGUGCAUGCACACACACAGAGACUCUCUUUCCUACAAUUUGCCUUGGGAGAAAACUUCUCAUUUGCUCCAAUAGCAGGGCUCUGGAUCUGGUUAGGGAUCCUGAGGCAGAGAGGCUUUAACACUUUGCUUACUGCUGUAGUCCAAAAGUAGAUAAUGGCCCUGCAGCUGCUGUUAGCUUUAAGGAAAAAAACUCCCAUUGAAGCAAGUUGAAGUUCUUCCAAAUGCAAAUUACAGGUGGCUGAUCCAGAUUAGGCAGGCUCUCAGGAGGCAGCAAAAGGUUAAAGCUUCCAGAUCAGGAAUCAACAUGGGCUUCUGCUUCCCUAGUUUCCAUGCUAGCAAGGAAGGAAGAAAAGCCCUCAUUCUGCAGCCAGCAUGAAAGCUGAGGAGUAGAGGCCCCAGGGACCAGAUGGAAGUGCUGCAAAGUGGGAACGAAAGGUUAUUCAAAAGAUGGCACUGUGCAUUUGGAAAGAUAAUGUUUGACCACCGAACUACAUGCAAAUGCUGCAGCAGGGGCACUUAUGGAAAGAACUUCUCAGCAAGAGGAGAGAUCCUAAAGUCUACUACUUGCCCUCCUCACUACCACCACCCUCCAGGCUGUGUUUACUGUUUUCUUUUGCUUAACCAGCCUCUGAAACCAGCUAUGAGGAAAUGACCCAGAGGUGGAUGAGCUCUGCUGGAGAGAACUGGCAGGUGCAAAAUCUUUUUAAACACUCAUCCCUCCUGCCAGUUCUCACUAGCAGGUUCCCCUCAGCGCCCACAUUUGUGUUAUCUUGGCAAAUGUAGGUAUGGAAAAAAGCACAUCCCAGGAGAAUGUGUAGGUUCUAACUCUGUAUACCUGCUGUCAUGGCAUUUUGUAGCAUGACAAAAUAGGUUGGUUGUUAAGUGUUCUUCAUUGAAAAGUUUUGUAUUUGUGUUUUUAUUUGUACAUUACUGUGUAAAAAUACCUUUCUUUCCAAACCUUAUUUCUCAUUCAUUUAUUUCUACCCUUAGGAUUUGUGCAAGUGGAUGAUGGUCGGAAGAUUGUAUUUGUUCCAGGGUAUUCCGUUCCCUUGACAAUUGUGAAAUCUGAUGGGGGGUUCACAUAUGACACUUCAGACUUGGCAGCAUUGAAACAGAGACUGUUUGAAGAAAAAGCUGAUUAUAUAAUUUAUGUGGUAGAUAGUGGACAGGUGAGUUUCACUGACCUUUAUUUUGUAGUCCUUUGUUUUUCAGGUUUUUAGCUUUUUGAGUGUUGGUGUGACACUAAAACUAUUCUUCUCUUUCUAGUUGCUUCUCCUUUGUCUUAAAACAGGAUUCUGAAUCAUAAUAAAUUACAUCCACCCCAUAUUUUAAGCCUACAGAUCAAGCCACCUUAUUCACAGUACUGUAAAGGGCAGAAGCAUUUAUAUAUAUAUUUAAAGAAAAAACCUCAAAGUAGUUAACAGCACAUUAAAACAUUAAAAACAACACUAUCCAGAAUACAAUAUUAUUGAAGAAAGUAAAAUACAAAGUAUGCAUCCAGAGUCACAGAAUUAACCGGUAACUAAAAUGCUAUCUUAAAUAUUUCCAAAGAAAAUAUUACAAAGGAGGUCGGCUACAGAAUGCACAUUUAAUGUAGCAAAGUUAACACAUGUGGAGUUUGGAAUGCCAUCUACCAGGGAGUCUUUAGUUAUGGUUUCUGCAUUACAGGGGGCUGGGCUCGAUGGCCCUGAGUGUCCCUUCCAGUUUGACAUUUCUAUUAUUAUGUUAGUGCUGGUGCUUUACCAUCAGUUGCUUUAAUGACGUGUUGCUUUGCAGGCUGUGCACUUACAAACCAUAUUUGCAGCGGGUCAGAUGAUCGGCUGGUAUGACCCCAAAGUGACCAGAGUAACUCAUGCUGCUUUUGGAGUGGUGUUGGGAGAAGACAAGUAAGUUUGCAGAUAAUUUCUUCAGUAUACAGUAGACUGAAUUGUGUUGCUGUUCACAGACUGGAAAGCUCAGGAUUCUUUUCUGUUAAAGAUGUGUCAUGUGAUCACCAAGGAACUCCUUAUGUGCAUUGGCUUUGUACUUCAAAUCUUCUAUCCUUGUGUUUAUGUAAGAGCACCCCAUAGGCUGCACAUUAGAAAUUCCAGGCUUCCUGCCUUCUAGCUGCAGCUCCUUGUGCUGCUUCAGAAACGAGUCCAGAGCAUUUCCCACCUAAAGUGUCUCCUGGGUGUGUGUGUGCAAGGAACAUGGUAGUUAUGGUAGAAAGUGUGCCUCUUUAGGUUCCGUACACAGACUUCGGCAACCCUUGCAGCUCUUGUAGAUUCUGAUUGUUGUGCAUUGCUAUAGUUAUUGAAAAAUGCAAUGUUAAGAAUAGAUAAAUCCUUCAGUGAAUGUGGGUCUCAAUGCUAACAUAAUCAUGUAGGAAUAAUGUCAUGCAUUGUAUUGGUUGUUCACUUCUGGUCAACAUGUAGAUAACUUGUAGAUAAUAGCAAAUAUGUUCCUGAAAUCAGAAAUUUUACUAUAGGACUUAACAGGAUGGUGUUUUGUGCUAUUGAAUAACUGGACUCAUCUGUUGCAUUACUGGUUCCCAAACUUUUCAUUGUGAGUGCCUCUCUGGGCCUAACUCUUUUUCUGUCGUUUGAGCUUGAAAUCAUGUACCAAAUCAGUUUGUUGAGUUUUUCUUAUUUGUCGGCACACUUCACAUUUAGAGAAUAGCCAUUACUAUUCCAGCGUUACCUUCAUUUUGCACUUUUCUCGUUAGGUGUAUGGCACUGCAUCCUCACUGCAACCUAGUGGCCCAUUGUAAAUAUACAUGCUUCUUUGAUGUACAUUCGGAAGCUUCACUGCUAUGUUACAACAUCAUAUAUUGGUUUACAUCUGUUCCCUUGUUUCUAAUGGUUAUAAUGAAAGAACAGCUGUGCAAUCUCUUUCUUGAUAUGCAUGUCAGGAUUCUGCUGUCUGUGCUGGAAAUUGGAAAUUUGUGCAACUAUAUCUGCCCAUUACACAUUAUGCACUUUUAAUGGGUAUUAUUAUCUGUUUUGGUAGCAAUCACAAGUUAGGUAGUACUCAAGAGCAGGUAGCAGUGUACUGUUUUGCUUUGGGAACACUUGCUACUUCUGCCUUCCCCUUUUUAUAACUGACUGUACCCAAUCCUUCCUGGGGCUGUGGUGAUCUUUCCUCUCUCUUUUUCCUUAUCUAAAUACAUUCUGUCUCCCUAUAUUAGUUGGAUUAUAAUCCUGCUGAAUUGUAAUGGUUUGAGUGUGGCCACAAAUUUAAAAUCUAUGUAGUUCAGUGAUGGAGUGCUUGAGCUGAAACAAAAUAUUUAUUGUAUCUUUCAUGCAACAAGGUGUGUGUCUGGGAUAAUAUAUCUAUGUUGGUGAAAAGACCAGCAGUAGUUUCACUGUUUGACUGUUUUCAUCUGGAGUAAAACUUUCUACUUGAAAAUGAGUUGUCUACUUAGAAAAGCCACAAUUUCCAUCUUUUGUUGCCAGAAAAAAAUUUAAAACCCGUUCUGGAGAUACGGUACGGCUGAUUGACCUUCUUCAAGAGGGACUUAAGCGUUCAAUGGACAAACUGAAGGAAAAGGAAAGAGAUAAGGUAACAAUGGGCUUCCUUUUUUCAGUGUCAAGAAAGUAGACUUUAUUCUUCUUCUAUAGGGUUCUUGUAAGGGAGCAUGUUGCUGGCUUGUAGCACAAACCCAACCCAAGACCUGCCGGGGUUAAGAGUUCAACAGAUCUUGUCCUUUCCCAGUUAUGGAAGCUUAAGUCCUUCACCCGAGCUCAUCUGGCAGAAUUUAAGACAGUAGGACAGAACAAGGAGAUAAUUACUCAAUUGGAUCAUGUGACUUAGCAACCCAGUGCAAUUUAGUCAGCAAAAAGGGUAGUAUAAGUGAAAUUCUUCUGGGGAAGUUUGGAAUAGGCAUGUUACGCCAGCUUUCUAAAGAUAUGAUUGCUCUGUUAGUCUGUCCACAUAUUUGUCUAGCCUCAUCAUAUGAUGGCAGUGAAUUUGCUGUGUUGCCAAUAGUACUUUUCCCUGACUUUGUCCGGGGAGUUGACCUCACUGCUUAGUGUUAGGAGAAAGCUGUUCAAAUCUCUCCGAAGUGAAAUAGGGUAGCAUAGACAGUUGGUGUUCAUUCUCGUUCCUACAAAUUCAUGUGAUAUAUUCUGUACUUAACUAUACAGAGCCCCAAAAGCCUGUGCACCCAAGCAACUUUGAAAAUGUAUAUGAAAAGUAAGUCUGUGGGGAAAUGAGCAGAAAGAUUUGUUUUCAGUGGUAUUGACUGCAGACACUGUCUUCUGUGGAUGUCUGGAUCCUGUUAGGAUUACAGGAUAAAUGAGAAGUAACAGAAUUGAAAGAAUGCAGCUGACUAGCAAAACGUGUGUGUGUGUGUGUGUGCGCGCGCGCGCGCGCGCAGAACUUUCCAUCAACAUGAAUAUGACAUUUUAUUUCGCAGUGCCAGUGUUAUUACUUAAAAGCAAAGAGAAGAAAGAUGGGGUCUGAUCUUGAUAAUUUCUUUUUGAAUUAGGUUAGCUUUGGAUUUUUCUCAUGGAAAUAGGUUAAAGUAAUGAAUCCAUGUUAUUUGUCUAACUUGCAGCACUCACAAUUGUGCUGCAAAACACCAAAUAUAAUUUGGGGGGUAAUAGGUCAAUUACCAUAAUAGCUAAAAGUGGAACCACCUAUAGGAGAGCAUGUGUACCUCUGCUCAACAGAACCAGUGUACAAAACAUGGUUGGUUAUUACAUUAUGCUUAUUUGAGAGUUUCCCAGGGGAAUCUUCCAGAGGAUUAGGUAGAUUACAUGAGCUCUUGACCAGGGGUGGGGAGUCUGUGGCCUUCAAUACGUGAUUGAAUUACAGCUCCCAUCAGCUUUAGGAGCUGUGGCCAAUGUUUAGAAAUAUUAGAGUGCACUACAGUCUUAACCACAAGGGCCACAAGUUCUCUAUAUUUGCCUUGGACUUUUUCAAGCUUCACGUUUUAAGAAUAUUGAAUUUAAAACAUGAAAAUAAAAGCCCCGCCCGCCCCCAAACUGUGUCGCUUGAACUUUUUAUCUGGUCCACAAAGUAAAUCUUAUUUGCAUUCCAGUAGAUGGCAGCAGAGGAUAAAAUGACAGGUUAGUAGAUCAGUUUGUGUGUGGCUUCUGCAUGGGGCAUCAGCUUCAUUUGCUCAGAAUAAAAUUGUCCCAAAGCUCUAGAAAUCACUGGUCACCUUGCCAGGGGCUGUGUAAUUGCUACCACUUCCAUGGCUGGUCUCAUACUCUGUGAAUGUAUCAAGCUUCUGCUCAAAUGAUUUCAGCUGUUCAGAAUAUGUUUGCCUUGGGUUCACUUCAGUUGCUGUUCAGUCUAGGUUUCCCCAGUUCUGUCCCCUGGUUUUUUGGUGCAGCCUUGUCACAAUAUGUGUUUUAUUUCUCUCACAGGUUCUUACUCCUGAAGAACUGAAGGCAGCUCAGACCUCAGUUGCCUUUGGCUGCAUUAAGUAUGCAGAUCUUUCCCAUAACAGAAUAAAUGAUUAUAUCUUCUCUUUUGACAAAAUGCUUGACGACAGAGGAAAUACUGCUGCUUAUUUGCUGUAUGCCUUCACGCGAAUCAGGUAAAGAAAUUGCUAGCUUCUAAAUUUAAGACUUUGUGAGGUUUAAAUACAUGUAUUGGACAAUUACAACCUGAUACUGCUGCAUUUCCAACUUUGAUGUUGGAAGAUCGACUCAGCUGCAUUCCUAUUGAGUCUAAUAUGAGACUUGUUUUUGUGGCAGAUCUAUAGCAAGGCUGGCCAAUAUUGGAGAAGAGACACUGCAGAAGGCAGCUACACAAACGGAGAUAAUAUUGGACCAUGAGAAGGAAUGGAAACUAGGCAAAUGCAUUUUGAGGUUCCCUGAGAUUUUGCAAAAGAUUUUAGAUGAUCUUUUACUGCACACCCUUUGUGACUACCUCUAUGAACUGGCUACUACAUUUACUGAAUUCUAUGACAACUGCUACUGUGUGGAAAAAGACAGACAAAGUGGUGAGUUAAGUUCAUUUUAAAGGAGAUAAGGGACACGUAUAGAGGGUUGCAGGGGGCCAGAGAGAGUAAUGGAUGUAAGGGGAGGUACCCCAGUCAUAUAUCUUCAAGGUUCUUUGUAAACUAAAAAGGGUAGAAACAUCUACUUUAUGUAUGUGUUGUGGCAGAGGGGCAGCUUAACUUGAAUUUUGAGUAAGAGUAAAGGUUAUUCAGGGAGUUUUUAUAUGAGUAGAAUAAAACAUUUUAGAGGAAUCUACUCUUUUCCCUUUUUGGAACUAAGUGGUCCAUUGAUUCAAUCACUGAAAUUUCCAAGGCAUGGGGCAGUGGUACCAUUUUCUUAAUUGAGCAGCACAGUGGCAUAACUGGUGGGUGGGUGGGUGGUCCCAGGCACAUUUUUUUGGGGGGGGGGGUGCAACCAGGUUUCCCCUCCACAAAAGGGGAGACUGCUGCCGCCCUUCAGGAGGGAGGAAGAGGGUGUGGUUUAGGAAAGCCUGCUUCUCAGCUGAUCAAGUGCCCUGCUUGCAUGAGCCAGAGUGGGGGCUUUGUUAAAUUGCUCUGCGGGUGGCUGUGUGUCCCUCAGCAGAACAGUUUUAAAAAGCUGCCUGCCCACUUGGUCUCUCUGUGUAUGGUGGCUGAGGGACUCAAAAGCGGCUGUAGUGCUGCUGGGUAAAGCCUUCAUACCAGUCCUAGAGCAGAGGCAGAUGAGAGCAGCAUUGCUUCCCCUCUCCACUGGGCUCUGGCGUGUGAGUGCAGCCCCCAUGCUAAUUUGCAAGCCUGGGGUGUGAUUGGACUGUUUCGAAGCAGUGGGCUUUCACCGUGCCCCCUUGGGAUGUAGCAGAGUACUGUGGAGUACUAUUGCACAGAAAUGUGAAGGGACCGGAGAGAGAGACAGCUGGCUCUGCUGACUAGUAAUCUGGAUAGCAACAUAUCUCACUUGGUUUUUUUGUCUCUUGUGUAGGCAAAAUAGUGAAAGUGAACAUGUGGCGAAUGCUCUUGUGCGAAGCAACAGCUGCUGUUAUGGCCAAAGGUUUUGACAUCUUGGGAAUCAAACCGGUGCAGAAAAUGUAACUAUGUUGACUUUUCAGAUAACUUUUCUACACACAAAAAUGAACUAUUUAGUUGACUAUUCUGGCCUAUUUGAAAAAUAAAAAUGUUUAAGUUUCAUUGUCUCUACUCCAUGUUGUAGGGCAGUAUUUAUUGUAACUGCUUAGAUCUCACUGUGUAUACAGUGUUAUGCCAGUUUUUGGUAAAACAAACAAUCAUUUUGUCCUUGCCUGCAAAGUCUAGAGUCACAAGAAGCAGGAGGUAAUGUGAUUUCUCCCACUGCUGUAGUCCACAAAUGUCACAAUAUAACCCUUAGUUAACACAGCAGUCAUUGAGUGCUUAACCUUUUUAUUAAAGGUAUAUUGUCUGAGCUUAUAAAACACAAUUGACACUAAAUUACAGUAUUUUAGGAAAUGCAAUGAAUGUACAGACUUAAAAGUAUCAUAUAUAUUCUGGAAGUACCAGUAGUAUCAAUAUAUUAUCUUUUCCCUCCCACCCCCACAACCCUUUUUUCCAUUUUCAAAACAGCGGUGUACUGCAAAUUGAAGUUCAAAAUAUGUAUGUUCACAAGCCAGAGGCUGCUCUGUUGGCGGGGCUGCCUCAACUGCUUCACACAGGCGACAGGCAGGCCAUCUCUUCCUCCCAGGAGCAAGAGGUGUCCCAACUGCCUGCCUGUGCAAAGGCAGCUGAGGUACAGGUGGGCGCCUUCUUUAAACUGUUCCGCUGAGGGGUGCAGCUGCCUGCACCUCAGUGGAGCAGUUUAACAAGGCCCCCACCUAAGUGACUUCCCCAUGCCAGCUGUUAGGCUGAAGACCCUCCCCAAAGGCCUCCUGCAAUUUUCUAGAGCCCAUAAAAGGUGCAGGUCAAGUUUCUCCCCCCCCCCCAACUUUCGGGGCGCAGCUCAGAGGUGCUGGAACACAAAGUUCCACUGAAAAAAGACGUCCUUUUUCUUAUUGUUUCUUCACUGUAAAAAGUAUAAAUGUCUGUAACCAAUAAAUACAGCAUAGCUUCCUAUAUGAUCAUUAUAUUCCUAAUAGUUUAGAAUGCUAAAAACAGAAAAAGACAUCACAGGUGCGGAGUUCUCUUUAGUCAGAUAGCACUGCUAAAGUAUUACACAUUUGUUCUCACAUUUUUAGUUUAUAAAGCAUCUGGGGGGAAAUAAAAUCUCACAUUUACACAUUAUUAGAACAUCAAGAUGUUCAUUUUUCAAUAACUUAUUUUGAUAGGUAAUAUUGAACAAUUUAAUUUUCUCAGUAGAAUUUUUUAAUAAAAAAGCAGUAACUUUAUAAAAUGCAUAAAAAUGUCUUAACAGUUCUAGAAUGCUUCAAUUACAAUAAUGAAGUCUGGUAAACUUCAGCUUUGGCCACCAAACAUUUGAUUUAACUUCCAAAAGCACCAUGUCAUCUUUGGCUUGCUCUCAGUAUGAUGAAGUUUUAAAGGACUCUCUAAUCCUUACCAGUUCUGCAGCACACAUGUGACCAAAAGCCCUGUUGUACCAUUCAGUUGUGCGGCCCCUGCCAAUAAAUGAAACAGCCUGUU